AUGGAAAUGAACGAAGAGGAUUGGUGUGUUGAGUGUUCUGAUGAUGAAAAAUAUGAAAAUGAUCCAAAGGAAGGAUGGUCAUUGAAGCCAGAUGACAUUGUUAAUGUUAUUAAUAAAUUAGAAUGUAACAAUCAUAUUUUGGAGUUGGAAUGGAAAUGUCCUGGUAGACGUCCAUUGUCACCAGUGCCAUCAAACAAUCAUCAACAAGAUCAUUUGCCUGAAUUUCUUGAUUCAUUGGUAGCUGAUGAAAAAGAUGAUUUUGAUUUUAUGGAUGAAAUGUCAUCACCAAGAUUACCAGUCAGAAGAAUUGGUGAAUCAACACCAAAAGGUAGUGCUAAAAAAAAAACAGCAAGUUUUACUGGUGUUGUGACAAAUUUACUACGUCAAAGACGAUUUGAACAACAAGAAAUUAAUUCAAAUCCUAAAAAAAAUGAUUCAAUUACACCUUGUAUGAAACCGCAAUCAACGUAA